AGGAGUAAGGGUGCACUCUGGCAUACAUGCUGCCAGGAUCUGGAUAUCAGCUCGCAUGUCAGAAGAAAUUGUAGUAUGAGGAGGAAGUGUGAUGCGAGAAGGUGGAUUAGCACGGCCUUCCAGUACACAGUCUGAGGGAUCUGACCGUGGAAGACGAGUCGGCAGCGCAAAUCAGAAAGUAGGAGACAAGUUAAUCAAUAGCAAGAAACAGGAAGAAAAUCAAGAACAAGGACCUUUCUACUACAUUGGAGGCACAAAUGGAGUUGCACUUAUUGUCAGCUUCUGUGAGAGCAAGGGAUGGAAACGAAUCUUGGACAACGCUCGAGAGGACUACUUACUGAAAUGGACUGACACUAACACACCUUCCAUCCACCAAGUCUUUCAUGAAGGUAAACAGAUGUUAAACCAGAUCCCAAACAAUAAGGUUCUAACUACGAAGUUUGGCCUCUGCUCUUCUCUUAAGGACAAUGAACGUAUAAUGAAUAAGUAUGGCAGGAUCAUGUUUUCAAAGUUCAUGAAACUGGAAGAAUUUUAUCCUGAAACGUACCGUAUGGAUCUUAGAAGUGAACGUUAUGCUUUCUAUCAGGUCUUCCAAGAAGGCCAGACAUGGAUAUCUAAACCUGCUGAAUCAAGUCAGGGCAGAGGAAUCUUCCUCUUGAGGACUCUUGAUGAUAUGACAGCCUUUUUUGAAAAACUGGAAAGCGUGGAGGAGAAUCCCUAUUUCAGAAUGUGUUUCUACAAUUCUCCUCUUAACAGGAUAGUACAAAGGUAUGUUGUUGAGCCCUUACUCCUUGAAGGUAGAAAGUUUGAUGUCCGCUCCUACUUUCUGAUCGCUUGCACCUCCCCUUAUGUGGCUUUCUUCCGCCACGGUUACGUGAAACUGACCUGUAAUGAAUACAAUCCAAAUUCCGAUGAUCUGACGGACCACCUAACCAAUCAGUUUGUACAGAAAAAGAACCCCCUGUACAGUGAGAUGAAGGAGGACACAAUCUGGUCCAUGGAGCGUUUGAAUGACUAUAUUAAUGAGAAGUAUAUGGAAGCAAAGCAUCUCCCCAGGGACUGGGUCUUCACUGUUUUUACGAGAGUGCAACAGAUCAUGACACAGUGCUUCAUUGCCACCAAGGCCAGGCUUGGUAAUAAACUGGGCUACUUUGACCUUCUGGGUUUUGACAUUAUGAUUGAUCAAAAUUUCAAGGUGACUGUAUUUUUAAUUCUCUUCAACUAUCCAUUUAGUUAA